AGAAAACUGAUUACUGUGUUUGUGGUUCAUAAUAAUAACUAUUAUUAUUUAUUUUAUGGUGAAUAUCACUCAGAAUAUUAAUUACUAUUAGUGUGAAAAAACAAUAAAUAUAAAGUGUUAUUUCAUAUUUGACAUUUUUUCAAAAGUGGAUGGAUAACUUACAAUUAAAUGGGGAAUAUUAUAAUUCAAGCUUUUGAAUGUGAUGUUUGAAAAGUGCUCAGAUCACAAUAAUCUUAAUAAGAUCUUACUGCAUAUCUAUCAUGGUUAUACAUACAAUGAAAAGCAAACUGCUUGACAAGUCAUUUAAGCCAAUCACAUUCAUUAUGUGAACCAGUUCAUCACAAUUCAUCUUUUAUUGAUCAACUCUGUAACCAAAACUAAAAAAGUAAAGCGAAAAGGACAAGAUAUUCAUAAACCACUCAAAAGGGAUCAGUACACACCUACUUUGUUUCUAAAACGAAAAAAAUAAAAGAAAUCAUGAAUCAUAAUUUCAAUCUUUAUUAAAUGAAUAAAGGAUUUACUCGUAAACGUUCAAGAUAUCAUAGUCAUAAGAUUGACAAAUUUCUUCUACAAGAAUAUGAACAUCGUAAAAAAGAAAUUCAACUGCUUUUAGUCGGUUUACCAAACUCUGGUAAAAAUACCUUCUGUAAACAGUUACGUCUUCAUUUUGGUGAUGGUUUUCCCACGUCGUAUCGUAUUGAAAUGAAACCCACUAUACUGGCCAAUACAACAGAUGCUAUUGCGCUUGUCUUGGAAUACAUGAAAGACUCUGGUUUAAUAUUUUCAGAUAUCUUAGCUCAUAGACUUCAAGAGUAUCUGGUGAAUAGUCGAUCUGAGAAUGGAUGGAUCACUAAAGAUUUUAUACUCUUCGAACCAGAGUGUAACACCAAUAAUAACAACAAUUACAGUGUUUUAAAACGUCAACAGUCACCAACAAAAGCUAAACGAUCAGAGCCUAUGGGACCCAGAUCUGGUUCUAAUUAUCAAAGUCAUAGUUCUUCACUGGUGAACCACUGCUCAAUGAUAAUGACCAACACAAUAAGUCCUGAGCUGGCAGCAAAAAAGUCUUUUAUUUCCCCUGAGCCGACACAACCGGGACUAAAUGAUGCUUUGAAAGUUGCCAACAAUUCGAAUAGUGAAUCAUGCGGUUCAAGUUUUCAGUUGCCUCUAAACCCUGUGAACAAUACUAACGCAAACUGUAAAAAUACAGAAAGUAUUACAGAUUCAAUUGUUGAAAGAUUUCUACACUAUGUCGAUGAACACAACUCCAUACCACCAUCAGUUUUGAAGAAGUUUGAAUCAAUUAUUGAUGUAAAGUCACUGGACAACUGGCAGAGUAUCAUUCAGGAUAAAGCUACUUUACAUCAUCUAAUCCAUAUUCUACUACAGAGUGGUAUUGACAAUUGGUCAUCGUUUCUUAUGCAGGGUUCAACACCACCACCAGCUCCGACCACUUUACCGCCAGUCUCUGUUGAAGAUGAACUGUUAGACUAUAUAGUGACGAGUGAAAGUCUUGACACUUCAGAAGAAGGUGAUGAGGAUUAUGAUGAAGAAGAGAAAGAUGGUGUUGACGAGGGUAAGGUCAAGGAUAGAGAAAGUGAGUGGACGACGUCGUCGAAUUCCUUGGAGAGGACUCUUGUUAAGAGUAAUUCCAGUACAGGAGAAAUCUGCGAUAUGGCCAAUUUCAGUGAUGAGAACGGUGAUGAGAACAAUGAAGAUAGUGAACAAGAUGACUGGGAUAAUUGUAUCAAUCAUUUGGCUGAUCUUAGGACAGGAGAUGGCUUAAAUACUAAAACAAAUUCAAGAUUAUUAAAUAAUAACAAGCUAAAAAAUAAAGGUCGAGAUCAUGUCAAAUCAACAAGUGGUACAUCACAUAUGAAAGCAAACUAUGUUGAGCUGAAUAGUAACUUCAAUCUGUUAGAAUUUUCAAUUGAUCAAUUACCGGCAAGUGCCAAUUGUUCAGAGCAUAAAAUCUCUUUGCGUUCAUUGCAAAUUAUUAUGAAGAUUAUUACAGAUCAAGUGGAGUUUCGUAAAGCAUUUAUUGAUUUUCUGCCAAUUCUAUCCCAUAAAAGUUACGCUGGUUCGUACUUUAUUAAGUGUGUGGAUAGAAUUAUACAAGAUGAUUAUGUGCCUACUUUACAAGAUUUAUUAAUUAUGAAACAAUCAUCAAAAGCUGUUAGAGAAUCACUUAUAUCUAUUGGAUCAAUAAAUUUAAGAACAAUUAAUUUGGGUGAACAAAGUGAACAUUUAAACAAACGAUUUCAUUAUUUUGAAUCAGUUAAUAUGAUUAUAUUUUUUAUAUCACUUGAAGAUGUUUAUCGAUUUACUACAAUUGAGGAGAACAAAAUGACAGAUCAUCAAACAUUUAAACUAUUUGGAGAUAUUGUCAAUUCGCCAGAUCUAGCCAGGAAGGAGAUAAUUGUCUUUUUGAAUAAAGUCGAUGUUAUCAAGUCAGUCGUUUCACAGACAAAUAACAAUAAUAAUAAUAGUAAUAGUAAUAAUUCGAAGAAUAUUGACAAUGAUGCAAUGCCAAUCGAUAAAGAUGGCGAGAAUCGCGCUGAUUCAACAAAUUGGACAGUGUUGAUUGAAGAGAUUAAAUCCUGCCUAACUGAAUUACGUAAUAAUGCUAAAAUCAGAGUUUCAUCCCACUUAUAUUUUCAUGUAACCUGUGCUCUGGAUAUUGAUGAGAUGAAAUGGAUUACAAAAGAUUGUUUAAGAACUAUUUUUGAGUUGAAUCGUAGACGUCAUUUGAUUUUUUGAAAUCAAAUUCCCUUUAUUGUUUGUUUGUUUGUUUAUUCAUUUGUAUUUGGCCUUAGUUUUAUUUUGUUUUCCUUGGAUAUAUAUAUUGAACAAAUACAAGCAG